AUGAACGAAGUGUACGAAGGUUGUGAUAGGUUUGCGAAAACUCUUGACUCGCUGCUCAAUGAUUAUCGCAAUUUGACCGCGAAACUUGAAAGAUUAAUUGUGGAAAAGAAUCUUGCAACGGAUGCCCUCAGGUUCACAUUACUUGGUGCGAGGAAGUUGUUGGACUCACUAGAAAAGCGGAAUGAGAUCGUAAAACGCUCUGAAAUUAUCAGCGAAAUUAAAGGAGUAGUUGCGGACAACACAGAUUUGCUGUCGAUUUCGUGGCUUCGAGAAUCUCUAACAACACGUCUGAAAGCCAUAGAAAAUGAGGAACUCAUUGCCUACAUUGGUCGAGUAGAGUUUCAUAUGUCCCACUUCCCAUCAACUAUUCGAUGUACUGCUUCUCUUUCAUCGCUAGCGGAUUAUAUCAUUCAACUCUUCCUUAUUAAUGCCACCCUACUUCGCCCUCUGAGCGAUUCUAUUCGUCAGCGACUGCAUACCGAUUUGGAAAGUUUGCUGGAUGCAGUCGAGUCGAAAUUGAGUCCUAGCGUCAAGUAUCCAGAUCGCAGCCAGUUGCUAUCGCUUUGGCACCGUGAUGGCUCAUUUUCGGAUGUUCCAGUGGAUUCUUCUUUACCGGCUUGGAUCUACAUUCACAUCCUUAUUGCUGAUAGCCCUAGCAGUUUGGUAUCGCCUCAUACCAGCGUGGAAUGGACGGUUGAUCAAUAUGUGAAGUGGUGCUGCGAACAUACAGAUUUGGAAAUAGUUUCAUUCCUCAGUGGUUUAUUGACAUCAUAUACGACGACUGUGAUCAGCCGGCACGAAACUCAAUACGUACCACAUUAUCCAAAAAUGAUGGAACUCGUGAGAAGGGCCACAAAUUCUACUACCUGA